AUGUCGCAUAUGCGCCGACUUCCGGGCACUCCGUCCUCCACCUCAUCCAGCAGUCGCUCGAGGACCAGUUUUGGAGGCCCAGUAGCUGAGCAACCGACUGCCAGAUCCAGCCUCGGUCUAUCCGCUCCCCGCCCGCGAUCCAGUCUCAGUAUGAUUGAACGUCCUGUUAGCUUGGGCGGACGAGGACUCGAACAGUCUGCCUCUGGUAUGGCUCGUCCAAGUCCUCUUUCCUCAUCGCGUCCUUUGCCUCCUGGUCGGAGUACCAGCGGAGGAAAACGCGCUGGCGGAACAAAUAGUCCGAUUCCGUUUGCAGAACUUUCGGAAAGUGGCGAGAUUUUAGGCCAAAGCGAAGCUCUGGAGGGUGCGCUCAGGAGGGAAGUAGAAGAAAAAGAAGAUUUAAUGAUGCGCCUUGCAAGCAGAGAUGAAGCUAUUUCGCAGCUCGAGUCUCGUAUUGCCGCUUUGGACGUGAAUAUGAUUCAAGGAGAGGCCCGGCUGUCUGAACUCUAUGCUGACCAAGAGCGUUGGGAGGCCGAAAGAGCCGCCCUUGAAAAAGAAAUUGCCAAAAAGACAACUGUCAUUGACAAACUUCGUAUCCAACUACGUGAACUUGAAAAAGAAAAUCGCGAGUGCACACGUCGCUUGACUGAGCAGGCUGCGCAGUUCGAAUCGGAGCGACAGGCUUUUUACGAUAACACGACACACUUGAAGUCCAGGAUUCAAUCUCUGACAGAUCAACAGCGAGAGUGGAAAGAACGACUUCGUGAAGAGGAAGAACAGGAGCUCAAAGAUGAGGCUGCUGCCGCCGCUGCUGCUAUCGAGGCUGAGCCUGAGGCCAUCCCUGAGCCUGGAACUCCAGUUGUGGAUUCGCCCGUUGUUCCUACACGCAAGAGGCACUUUCACCAGCGACUUCGCAGUAGCAUUGAUCGAGAUGCCACAGAGCCUCCAGAGAUGACUGCGCUCCGAUUGGAACUUUCCACCCUGACUACGUCGCAUGGUAGUCUCGGCGAGACUGUCAGGAUGCUCCAAAACCAACUCGGGGAUCUCGAACGUCUCAACCUGACGCUGCAGGAGGAAAACGAGGCAUACACCACCUUGUUGCGAGAAAAGACUCUUAGCGGCCAAAUGAACAUUAUGGCCCGUGCCGAGUCAAGGCCCGCGUCCCCUACUCAUUCCAACGAAGAGCAGCAACCCGAGCCCGAGUUGAAAGAAGAGCCUGAAGAAGAUGGAAGCAAAAGUUCUGGUUUGCUUUCUCCUGGACAGUCGCCACCUCCCCGCGUGCGCACGCACUCGAGAGCAUCCAGACCCAAUCGCCCUACAUCUCCUGUCCGGAGUGUCAAGAGUGCCAAGAGCACGCGCCGCACCGCUGAGACGUUGGCCGCUGAGACUUUGGCCGAUUUGCCUGUCGCGGGCCCUGGUCUGGAUCUUGCCGCCGAGCUUGGGCGAGCUGAAAUUCGUCUGGAGGAUGAUAUGGGUCAACCCGGGGAGGUGAAAGAGCCUGAAGCGCCAAAGGAGGACGAGGGGCUCAAAGCGAUGAGGUCCGAACUCGAAGCUCUCAAGUCCGAAAUCAAGACCCUCAAGGACGAAAACAAGGGGUUGACGCUCUAUGCCUCCAAGAUUAUCGACCGCAUCAUUGCUCAAGAAGGGUUUGAGCACAUCUUGGCUGUCGAUUAUCGUAAGCCCAGCGAACAGAAGCCCCCUGCUCCUGCUCCGACCCCUGCUCCGCGCAAGAGCCUCUUCCAACGCGCUGCAUCGCUCUCAAUUUCCGGCUCUGCACCGCCAGUGAUCUCUACCCGACCAUCACUGAAGAUUGCGACCGACACAUCGGUCCAUGGUGCGCCUGGCCCGGAUAGCCCUGCCACUCCCAUGGGGAAGCGCGAAAAGCGAGGAAUUUCAAUGGACUGGAGUCGCCUGAAUCCCUUUGGCCCCAAGGGGCCCUCGACCCCCGUCGACGACGUUCGGACCACAGGUCUCAAGCCACUGACGCUCGGAAAGACCCCCUCGGUCAAGGAGGAAGAACCCCAUGUUAUUGUCGGCGGGCGCAAGCUCGAUAACCAAGAAGACGAGGAUGAUCGGGUCGAGCGUGAACGGCUAAACGCCGAGAUGAGGCUCAUGGGAAUCGAGCGGACGCCGAACAUCCAUACGCCGAGCGCGACGAGCUUUGCUGCCGCUGGACAAGCACUCGGCGAGCCGAUUUCCAGAAGCAAUUCGAACACGCCAUCGUUGGGCGGAAUGGUCGGAUGGGUCAAACGUCCCAACUCGGCCCCGAAGCAGCCCAUCUCGAAACGGGUCCCAACUGGUGAGCUGCUCGCCGAGCAUCUUGAGCUCUUGAGCGACGAGGGCCACUCGCCUCAUUCCAUGGAUUAUGAAUCGCGCGAGAUUGAGAAUCGAAUGGCUGCCUUGGCGGAGAAGGAGAAGCAUUUGAGCGCCGAGAUGGCCAAAGGCAAAGGUGGGGGAUUCACCGAGCCGCCACCUCGGGGAACGCGAGUCCGAAGACGGACGGGCAGCACGAGUGGCAGCACCGCGAGUACAUUGUUCAGCGCGGGUCGGAUGAGCCGAGGAGGAAGCGACAUUGGAAUCGGGGAAGAGCCUGAGCACGAAUAA